AUGACGCAGACACAGACCUCCAACCUCAACGGCACUACAAAAGCGACAGCGACAGCGACCACAACCCCAGCCGACACGCUGGCGGUCCACACCAUCCGCACGCUCGGCGCCGACCUCUGCCAGGCGUACAAGGGUGGACACCCCGGCACGGUGAUGGGUGCAGCGGCGAUUGGCGUCGCCCUCUUCCGCCAUGUGAUGGUAUAUAACCCUUCAAACCCAGAAUGGUUCGCACGCGACCGUUUCGUCCUUUCUGCCGGACACGCAUGCCUCCUCCAAUACCUCCUCCUCCAUUUUGCAGGAUACGAGGCAUGGCCGCUCUCAGAGGUGCGCAAGUACCACGCGCCAGCGCACGGCAUGGCUGCGGGCCACCCUGAGAUCGAACACCCCGGCAUUGAAGUCACAACCGGUCCUCUGGGACAGGGCAUUGCCAACGCUGUCGGCCUCGCUGUCGCGGGAAAGAACCUCGCUGCGACAUACAACCGCCCCGGGUUCCCGCUUGUACAGGGCAAGAUUUGGUGUUUCACAGGCGACGGGUGCCUCCAAGAAGGCGUUGGGCAGGAGGCACUCUCGCUCGCGGGCCACUGGGGUCUCGAUAACCUGGUUCUCAUCUACGACAACAACGGCGUGACUGUGGACGGGCAUAUUGAUAACUGUUUCACGGACGACACGUCCGCCAAAGCCCGAGCGAUGGGGUGGGCAGUGAUCGACGUUGAGGACGGCACAGACGACGUCGCCGUCGUUGUGCGCGCGUUGCAGCAGGCAAAGGAGAUCAAGGGCAAGCCUACGCUGGUAAAUAUCCGCACUGUUAUCGGGGUGGGGAGCGCACAGGCCGGCCAGGGUAAGGCACACGGCCAGGCGCUAGGCGACGAUCAAGUCGCCGCUGUUAAGCGCGCACUCGGCUUCGAUCCGGAAGACAAGUUUGCCGUGCCGCCACAGGUGUACGACUUCUGGGCGCCUGUCAAGGAGAAAGGAGCCACAGCCGAGCGCGAAUGGAAUGACCUCUGGGCGGCGUACCGCGCUGAACACACCACGGAAGGCGCCGAGCUCGCUGCGCGCAUGGCCGGCCGUCUCGAUGGGUGGGAGUCCCUCGUGCCCUCCAAGUCGGCACUCCCUACUGCUCCCCAGCCGACACGCAAGUCUAGCGGCAUCAUGAUCGAGGCCCUCGCACCCAAAUACAACUCGCUCAUGGUAGGCUCAGCCGACCUCCUCGAGUCGACCUUUGUCUCGUGGAAGGGCAUGGACGAGUUCCAGGCGCCUUCCACUGGCUUAGGCUCGUAUACUGGUCGGCAGCUGCGUUACGGCAUUCGCGAGUUCGCCAUGACUGCCAUUGCCAACGGUCUUGCUGCCUACCACCCUGGUCUGAUCCUCCCGGUCAUGAGCACGUUCUUCAUGUUCUGGCUAUACGCAGCGCCUGCCGCCCGCAUGGCCGCCAUCCAGCGUCUGCGAUGGGUGGGCAUCGCAACGCACGACAGCAUCGGUAUCGGCGAGGACGGACCGACGCACCAACCCGUGGAGCUGGCGGCGCUGUACCGCGCCAUGCCGGGGAUUGAGCUCUUCCGCCCUGCCGACGCAGAGGAGGUCAUGGGCGCAUGGAUCGCGUCUCUGCAGGGCGAGAUGCCCGUCAUUUUCGCCCUCAGUCGCCAACCUGUUCCCCUCCUCCCGGGCUCAAACCGCGCCGGCGUCGCAAAGGGCGGCUACGUCGUCCUCGACACGCAAGCUCCCGAACUCAUCCUCCUCGCCACAGGUGCCGAAGUCUCGCGUGCGAUCGACACUGCCGCACUCCUCCCCUACCGCGUGCGUGUCGUCUCGCUGCCCUCCACAACUCGCUUCGACGCCCAGUCGCGCGAAUACCGUCGAUCUGUCAUCCCCGCUGGCGUGCCAACCGUCGCCAUCGAGGCGUGGGCAUCCAUGGGAUGGGCCAAGUACGCUCACGCCGGUGCGCACAUGCAUGGCUUUGGACUGAGUGCGCCACAGGAAGUGUUGUUCGAGCACUUUGGCUUCGCACCCGCGAAUCUGGCAAAGGUGAUAGGCGAGUGGGUCAAGGGCCUGGAUGGUGUGCCGGGUGUGGGCGACUCUGAGGAACUGCUGCUUGACCGGCACGAGGAGUGGAACUAG